GUUCUGGCAAGCAAGACGAAGAUUUGCAUGGUCCUUGAAUAUGUGAAUGGUGGUGAAUUAUUUGACAGAAUUGCAUCAAAAGGGAAACUCUCAGAAGCUGAAGGCCGCAGACUCUUCCAUCAGUUAAUUGAUGGUGUGAGCUACUGCCAUGACAAAGGUGUCUUCCAUAGGGAUUUGAAGCCUGAAAAUGUUCUUGUUGAUGUGAAAGGAAAUAUAAAGAUAUCUGAUUUUGGGCUCAGUGCUUUGCCUCAACAUUUUAGAGAUGACGGGUUACUGCAUACAACAUGUGGAAGUCCAAACUAUGUUGCCCCCGAGGUUCUCACCAACAGAGGAUACGAUGGUGCCACAUCUGAUCUUUGGUCAUGUGGUGUUAUCUUGUAUGUGAUUCUUACAGGGUACCUCCCUUUUGAUGACCGAAACCUUGCGGUUCUUUACCAGAAGAUAUUCAAGGGAGCUGUUCAGAUUCCCGAAUGGCUCUCACCAGGUGUUAAAAACUUGAUAAAGAGGAUACUAGAACCUAAUCCAUGCACUCGGAUCUCCAUAGCAGAGAUAAAAAUUGAUGACUGGUUCAAACAAGAUUAUGUCCCUGCUAAUCCUUAUGAUGAGGAGGACGACAUCUUCAUUGAUGACGAAGCUUUCUCUAUGCAAGGGGUGGCAACGGACACAGAGAAGGAUCCUGGUUCACCCACUCUAAUCAAUGCCUUUCAGCUAAUUGGAAUGUCAUCUUACCUGGAUCUCUCUGGCUUCUUUGAGAAAGAGGAGGUCUCCGAGAGGAAGAUCAGAUUCACAUCCAAUAUUUCACCAAAAGAUUUACUAGAGAAGAUUGAAGAUACAGUCACAGAAAUGGGAUUCCAAGUCCAGAAAAGAAAUGGAAAGUUGAAGGUAACGCAAGAGAACAAGGGUUGUAAGAUACCAAGUAGCCUUUCAGUUCAAGCAGAGGUGUUUGAGAUAAGUGCAGCUCUGUAUGUGGUGGAGUUGAGAAAAACAUAUGGGGAUCCUUCGAUGUACAGACAGUUGUGUUCGAAGCUGUCCAAUGAUCUUGGCGUCUGCCAAAGACAAGAGAUUUUGGCCACCCAAGUAUCAGUUUAACUAGUGCAUGGUUACAGUCUAAUGUAAAUCCUUUUCUCUUCUAUUUAUUUAUUUUUUUCUUUUUGGGGGGGUGUGGGUUGGUGUGGGAAAGUGAGGGUGUAGAUUUUUUAUUUUCUAGUUCAGAAAUUACUAUUCCAGGCUUAAGAUAGUUACUUUUCAGAUACUGUUUUUUCUUUUUCUUUUUUUGGUACACACAAAGUUCUAAGAAAGGGUGGACGGAUAGAUAUAAAAUGAGAGAAAAAGAGAGGAUGGGAACCAAGGUUAACGCUACAUACACUUUGACCCUCUCUAGACCCCCACAAUGGCGGGAGCCCCCUUCAUUGGGUACACUAGUUUUUAUAAAAAUAAGAGAGACAUUGCAAAAGGCAUCCAGUGGCUUGUAACAACAGAGAGAGACAGAGAGCUAUGGUCACUGGUGGUUGACAGAGGAGACUGAUUCACAAAUCUUUCAGAUUGGAAAGGGAGAUGAGCCCUCCACUCCUCUCUUUCAGCUCGGUUGAUUCACUUUCACAGGUCGGGGAGAGAACAAUGUCUUCCCCAUUCUCCGUUGUGUGUGGUUGUCUGUACAUGGGUAAAAAAAAAAAUCCUCUGCUGCCCGGUGCAGUGAGGAUUCAGACGGCUAAGUGCAUUUGGGGUGUGUGUCCGAAUGUUUCCAGCCACCAGAUGCUCACUGCACCAAUUGCAGAGAAUUCUGAUUCAAUGAAGGGCCAUAUUGCCAUUUUAUUCUGUUA